AUGGGAAACGUUCUCAGCUGCGACUCUGGUGCCAAGCGGGCGGCGGAUGACACUGUGGAUGCGGCGCGACCUGUCGACUUCUCGCAGAAACCCCACGGCCCGUCGCCGAGUCAAUCAUCCCAAAAUGGCAUCAACAUAUUCGCUCCUCGCUCAAUCUUGACCUCCGAUGAGCCUCCUCCUUACACCGAACAGGACACGCGCUGGUCGCAAAUCUUUCUCUCCGCCGUGAAGCUCGCGCAUGAGCAGGGCCUGCUGCGAUCAUUACCCUCCCGACACGUCUACUUGUACAUUGACGACAAUUUCCGAGUGGGACGACAAACGAAAGAUGCCAUCAAACUAUUUGCCUGCUGUUUGGUACUCAUCUUUCGGUCGCUGGAUGUAGACGCCACCAUCUUCUUCACGAACCACAGAAACACGCGCAAGCUGCCGCAGGAGAUUCGAAGCAGGGAGGAAUACCUCGACGGAUUAUUCGUCCGCAAUGACUGGUACGAGGCACAACGAUAUGUCGACAAUUUUCCGACAUACAGCCGCCACUUUGGCCUCAAGGAUUGGAUGACUGCCAACGAGAACACGCCUGAGAAAUUCCUCAAGCUUUUGGCCCAUGUGCGGGAGAUGAAGCUGCAGGCCUGGGAGGGAUGGCAUGCUCGCGGAAUGGAGUCGGACGCCCUACUCGCGCACACCAAGGAGGCUCUCAGCAAGUCGAAGCAGCAGCCCAGACUCCUCAACAGCCUGGCCUUCACCCUGCGGCAGGCGAUAUGCAAAAUUAAGAGCCUGGAAAGUUCGGAGCUGACGGCGCCGACAAGCGUCUUGGUUCUGACUGCAUCUGAGCUGCAACGAUCAGAGGUGGAUGCCAUCAAGAGUGAGAUGCGAGAUGUGGUGGGUAGAGCUAAGGAGUUCUCCAUACAAGUUGCUGCCUUCAUCGACAACCCAAACGACACAUCGUUGAGAGCGCACCGAGCGCUCGAUGACUUCAGAUCUGGCGAUAGAGACAUCUACGAUGUGACGACUGUGGCUGUGAAGCGCUUCCUGGAGCAGGGCUUGACAGCCGAGCUGCUGGGCAAAGUUCUGGGCAGCCAUGAUAAGAGGCGUGUCGUCAGGGAUGAGAGCGGAUUGUGA